CAGCGGUGGACUGGCGGGUCAGUGUCUUGUGUCGCAGGAAACUCAGCAGCUCGGUGCAGCAGUCGGGGAUGGGCAUGAUGGAGUCAGCGGCGUCCGCGGUGCAGAACGACUGGAAGGUGGGGCUGGACGUGCCUGUGAAGCCCAAAGUGAACGUCCAGGUGGAGCUGGCCGGAUCGCACUCCAAACUGGCCGAUUUCGUGGUGGAGCAUUCGCGGAUGGACAAAUACAGCUUUGUGAGCCAUGAGGUCUCCUGCAGCUACUAUCGGUUCCGGGUCAGCGAGACGCCCCCGCUCACCAGCCAUUUCACUGAGGCCCUGGAGAACCUCCCGGAGAAGUAUGACAGCAAAUCCAAGGUGGAGUACCAGCAACUCAUCAGCAACUACGGCACCCACUACGUGUCCCAGGUGCGGCUGGGGGGCCGGGCGCGGGACGUGACAGCCGUGCGGGUCUGUGAAGCGGCACUGAGCAGCUUGACAGCCGACGAGAUCAAGGACUGUUUGAGCGUGGAGGCGGCUGUGAGUGUCGUAAAGGGCUUGGAGAAGGGUGUGUACAGCAAGUGCGAGGAGGCGAAGAAGAAGGGGAAGGUUCAGGGGAGCUUCCACGAGACGUAUCAGGAGCGCCACGUGGAGGUGGAGGGAGGACACAGCACAACAGACAUCCUCUUCUCCGGGCAGGACGCCAAAGUCUUCUCAGCUUGGAUGGAGAGCCUCAAAGCCAGCCCAGGCCUGGUGUCCUAUUCCCUGCAGCCCAUCCACAGCCUGGUGGAGCAGGACGACCCGAAGAGGGAGGCGCUGAAGCGGGCGGUGAGUGAGUACAUCCUUGAGAGGGCCCUGCGGAGGAAUUGCACCCAGAGCUGUCCCCCAGGGACCCAGCGCAGCGCCCACGAUCCCUGCUCCUGUGUCUGCCCCGGGAACACCGUGACCAACGGCAUGUGCUGCUCGCGGAAACGUGGGCUGGGGAAGCUGACGGUGACUGUGCAGAGGGCCAGUGGCCUGCGGGGGGACCACUUUACUGAUACGGAUGCUUUCGUCAAGGUCAUCUUUGAGAACAAGCAGAUUCGUACCCACACCGUCUGGAACAACGACAAUCCCACCUGGAAGAAUGCCAAUUUGGACUUCGGCACCGUCCGCCUCACCAGCACCAGCAAGAUCCGCGUGCAGGUCUGGGACGAGGACAACAAGUUCGAUGAUGACAAGCUGGGAAACUGCGACAUCCCGCUGGAGUCUGGGGGGCCCCACCAGAAGGAUUGCUACAUGAACCACGGCCGUGUCUGGUUCCAGUACAGCCUGCGCUGUGGGCCCCACCUCGGGGGUCAGGGCUGCUCUGACUAUGUCUCCCAGCCCCCCCGGCAGAGCACAGCCCAGGGGAAGGAGGCAAAGGCCUUCUGGUGAGCCCCUUAGCUAAGGGAUCGGAGAGGGGGCUGGGUGUGCACUGGUCAAUUGCGCAUCUUGUCCGACCAUUUCCUGGCUCCCGCUCUGCUGAUCCUGCUCUUCAUGCUGUCGCUCCUGCUUGGGAUUCGGCGUGUCCUGUGCCUGUAAGAGACUGUCUGCUCCCGUGAGCCCCUCAUCCUCACAGCUCCCUCUGGGGAAACACCCCAUCGCAAUCCGCCCAUUCCGCAUCCAGCAUCCCAUUGCGUCCAAUGAUCGCAGCCAUCCUCUAUAUCCAUCUAACCAAAAAAUCUCCUGCAUCCAACCAGUCCAUCCCCCGCCCAUCCAGCCAAGCAACCAACCAAUGGUUGUGUUCCGUUUUUCUGACUUAUUGACGCAACAAGCCACCAACUGGAUUUAGUGUCUCCAAUUUAUCCAUCCAAUCAAACAGACCAAAGAAUGUAUCCUGUCCAUCCCCCAUAUACGUCCAUCCAUCCAUCUGUCCAUCCCUCAUAUCCAUUCAUCCAUCCAUCCAUUCAACCAAUCAGUGGGUGUAUUUUAGUACAUCCAACAUGCACAACAAGCCAACCCAUGAUUGUCUCCAGUGCAUCCAAAUUACCAAUGAAUUUAGGUAGCAUAUCCAACGUGCACAACACAAUAAGCAAUGAAUGUAUCCAGUGCAUGAAAACAACCAAUGAAUUUAUCUAGAGCAGUUAAUGUGACACGCCAGACUGCCAGCCAAACAAUUAAUUUGUUUAUUACGUAGGAAAUAUCUGGUCAGCCAAUCAACGAAAAUAUUGAGGGGCUCCAAUAUAACCAGACAACCACACAAGAUGUAUUUUGCCAAUCCAGCCUACCUGCCAAACAAAGUAUCCAAUGCGUCCGUCCAGCCAACUGAGCAGUGUGUGUGUGUCCUAUUCUCAGCCGACCACUGUAUGGUUGGGCGCUAUCUGUACGUCUGUCAGGUUGUCGUAUGAUGCUCAGGAGUGUGCUGAUUGGGCCAAAAGCAACCCAUGGGCUGUGGAUUGAGAAGCACUGAUCUAAUACAUCCAGGGCAACUAACCAUCCAACGGAUGACCUAAGUAAUGUCCUAAUGCCAACCGAUUAGUCAAACAAUUGGUUGGCAGUGCAUUCCCCACCCAUUGUAUUUAUCGGUCUGGUGUAACCACUUGAAAGGUGCACAGCUCAGCCAUGUCUCACUGUGGCUUCAGGGAUUAACCCUCUGAAGAAACCUGAAGACUCCAGAAAUGGGCGUGAUUCUAAACACACAGCGGGUGGGCUGGGCUCCAGGGGGACCUUACGGGCUGGUCCCUAACUGUCGUCUCUGUUGCACAGUUAUCCAGCUGACUUGGGUUAGUUAUGGGAUCAUGAGUUCACAGGCCUCACUGACCAUCCAGUUGGGUUUUCUCUGCUCAGUUGCUAUCAGAAAUGAUGAUAUUUCCCUCAGGAAUCAGAGUGAACACCCAGAACAACAUGGGCUAUGAUUCUGGCUGUCAGCAGGCCUAAGGAGAUCACGCUGCAUUCAGAUCACAUGGGGAAGGAUGUAUUCCCCCUACAUGAAGAAUGAAAACAUAUUCUUGGCUCACACCUA